CGUAAUUUUGGAGACUAUUAUAGGCCCUGGGGAAAGUGUCGACUUUAUUGAAGAAUGUAAAGAAAGAGCCGCCAUGAUUGUUAGCUUGAAGAAGGCAGUGGAGUUCACAUCAGAGGAGAUGAAAGAAUGCAAAAGUCAAAUGAAGAAAGUGGAAGAGCAAAACAAGCGCUUGUGUAAAGAAAAUAAUGAUGUGAAAGAAGAGAUGUUGGGGAAGAGUCAGAGAUGUGAAGAGAAGACUGGACCACAUGUCUACAUCAACGUGCAGAGGAUUGGAGACGUCCAGCAGUUGAUUGGUCAUCCGCAGAGUGGGAACUCUACUUUGAAACAGGACGUUUCACAGCCCCCCCACAUUAAAAAGGAAGAGGAGGAUCUCUGCAUCACUCAGGAGGGAGAGUGUCUUCUAGGACCACAGGAGGCUGAUCUCCCCAAGUUGCCACUGACUGUUGUCUCUGUGAAGACUGAAGAUGAUGGAGAGAAACCACAAGUAGACAACAUCUUAGCUCCACUAUCAGAUAGUGAGGCUGAGGACGAGGUUGAAGUAACUUUGAGCAGCGAUACAGACUGUGAACGUGAUAUGAGGACUCACACUGACAACAAACACUUUGAAUGUGUGAAGGAAAAGAGAGGUAAAACAUGUUUGAGGUGCUCGGUUUGUGCUAAAAGCUUCACUAAAAAGUACAAUUUGAGUCUACACAUGAGAACGCACACGGGAGAAAAACCGUUUAAAUGUUCAGUUUGUGGCCAAAAAUGUACUAAGAAGUGCAAUUUGACUGAGCACAUGAGAACGCACACAGGGGAAAAACCAUUUGAUUGUUCAAUUUGUGCUAAAAGCUUUACUAAAAAAUGCCAUUUGACGGAGCACAUGAAAACACAUACAGGAGAGAAAUCUUUUACUUGUUCAGUGUGUGGGGUAAGCUUUAUGCGAAAGGACAGUUUGGCUGAACACAUGAAGAUUCACACGGGAGAAAAACCAUUUAAUUGUCCAGUUUGUGGUAAAAGCGUCACUCGAAAGGCCAGCUUGACUCAACACAUGAGAUUUCACACAGGAGAAAAAGCAUUUAACUGCCCGGUUUGUGGUAAAAGCUUGAGUCAGAAGGGCAGUUUGACACAACACAUGAAAAGGCACACAGGAGAAAAGCCAUUUAAUUGCUCUGUUUGUGGUAAAAGCUUUAUUCGAAAGUACUGUUUGACUCAACACAUGAAUACACAUACAGGAGACAAGCCAUUUAAUUGCUUGGUUUGUACUAAAAGCUUUUUUUCCAGAACAGGUUUCACUCGACACACAAUGAAGCACACUGACAAAAAUCAAUAUAAGUAAGUAGAACAUGUUUUGCAAAUGCAUUCAUGGUAAAACACAUAAGAACACACACAGGAGAAAAACAUACAGUUGUUCAGUUUGUAGCUGAAACUAUACUUCAAGGAGCAUUUGGUCAAAACACAAGACUGCAAACAGGAGACAAAACAUUUAGCCGCUCUGUUUGCAAUAAAUGUUUCUCUCUGAAAUUGCUGUGUUGCAACCACGUGACCCGGGAAAACAUUAAAUAUGGCUGCUUUUUUUUAAUUUACGUUUAGUAGCCCAAAUGUGAGUGUGUUUUAAGGGUUUUGUUACAAAUAUUCAAGGAUAAAUAUUUUUUCACAACAUUUAAAAGGGGACUUUCCAGGGUGUCCAAAGUAAAGCCCGGGACCCGUUUGCAGCCGGUAGCUAUAGAUAAAAUAAAAGCGCAAACAAGUGCAAUGUCACGAGAAAAUGUUGCAAUAUUGAAACUAAUAACACUAAGCUGCCGUGCAGGCAGUUUUUUCACUUAAAAACUGACUUUGCUAUAAAAAAAAACAACAAUAAAAACUUAUAAAGGGCGGCCAGAUAUGAAGUUGAUCUAGAGUUUUGAGCGUUGAAAGUAAAAAUAAUAUGUAUUGGUAUGACUUAUUUAACACUUUUAUGAGUGUAGGUCUUUUGGAUCCUCAAGAUCUUUAGACUGAUGUAGUUUUCUUUUAAACCGUCAUUGUUCAAAAAAUAAUAAUAAAUCAAAAUCCAUGUUAUGCAAUAUUUAUUUAAAGGCCUACUGAAAUGAAUUUUUUUUAUUUAAACGGGGAUAGCAGAUCUAUUCUAUGUGUCAUACUUGAUCAUUUCGCGAUAUUGCCAUAUUUGUGCUGAAAGGAUUUAGUAUAGAACAACGACGAUAAAGAUCGCAACUUUUGGUAUCUGAUAAAAAAAAGGCUUGCCCCUACCGGAAGUAGCGUGACGUAGUCGGGUGAACAUAUACGCAAAGUUCCCUAUUGUUUACAAUGAUGGCCGCAUGAAGAGAUUCGGACCGAGAAAGCGACAAUUUCCCCAUUAAUUUGAGCGAGGAUGAAAGAUUUGUGGAUGAUUAAAGUGCAAGUGAAGGACUAGUGGGGAGUUGAAGCUAUUCAGAUAGGGAAGAUGCUGUGAGAGCCGGGGGUGACCUGAUAUUCAGCUGGGAAUGACUACAACAGUAAAUAAACACAAGACAUAUAUAUACUCUAUUAGCCACAACACAACCAGGCUUAUAUUUAAUAUGCCACAAAUUAAUCCUGCAUAAAAACACCUACGUGUUUGUUAUGCUAGCUCCUAGCUCCUCUGCUAGCUCCAUAGAACACGCCAAUACAAUUCAAACACCUGAUCAACACACACAAUCACUCAGCCCAAAAGACCGUUCACCUAACCCAAGGUUCAUAAAGCUUAUAUAUUUAGACAAAGUCACACACGUGACGCGCACGUACGGUCAAGCGAUCAAAUGUUUGGAAGCCAAAGCUGCAUACUCACGGUAGCACGUCUGCGUCUUUGUCAUCCAAAUCAAAGUAAUCCUGGUAAGAGUCUGUGUUGUCCCAGUUCUCUACAGGCGUCUGUGUAUCGAAGUCAAAAGUCCUCCUGGUAAGAGUCUCUGUUAUCCGAGUUCUUCCAUCUUGACUGCAUCUUUCGGGAAUGUAAACAAAGAAGCGCCGGCUGUGUACGUGUUGCUGCUGACUUCCCUCGCAAAAUAGACGCUUCGCACCGACAACUUUCUUCUUUGCUUGCUCAGCUUCUUUCUCCAUAAUGCAAUGAACAAAUUGCAACAGAUUCACCAACACAGAUGUCCAGAAUACUGUGGAAUAAUGAGAUGAAAACAGAGCUAUUUCGUAUUGACUUAAAUGGUGUCCGAAUACUUCCGUUUCAAUGAUUGACGUCACGCGCAUACGUCAUCCUCAGAGGCGUUUCGAACCGGAAGUUUAGCGGGAAAUUUUAAAUUGCACUUUAUAAGUUAACCCGGCCAUAUUGGCAUGUGUUGCAAUGUUAAGAUUUCAUCAUUGAUAUAUAAACUAUCAGACUGCGUGGUCGCUAGUAGUGGCUUUCAGUAGGCCUUUAAGGGUCCAAUUAUUUAACAUCAAAUAUUAAAUUAUUUAAAUGUUUUGGGGGAAAUGUUGCAUAUUUUGUGUUUUUGCCAUAAAAAACAGGGUUUUCUUUGGGGAAAAUGG